ACAACAACAACAAAACCAACAAUAACAAAAUAAAGCAAUUACAUGUAGUUGGUUUGUUUUUCUUUUUUUUCAAAGUUCUAACCAGCAAAUAGUUGACACUUUUUUUUCGGUUAAAUAAUAAAUAAAAGAAAUAUAAAUCAAACAAAAAGAAAAUAAACACCAUACAAAAAGAAAAUUAUAAAGCAUAUUAAAAUACUUAUGGCAAACUUUUGAAUACCCAAAACAAAGCAACAGCAACGAAAAAAGAUAGAGUAAAGCGAAAAUAACUAAAGUAAGACGAACUUGCGCAACAAAAAAGUUUUGCCACUAAAAAGCAAUAGCAGUCAAGUGCAACAGCAACAAAAACAACAACAGUAUCUAAAAGAGUCGCCACAAGAACAACAUGGGAAAAAAGAGCUCCAAGUUGAAACAGGAUACCAUUGAUCGCUUAACAACGGACACAUACUUCACAGAAAAAGAAAUACGUCAAUGGCACAAAGGAUUCCUGAAAGACUGCCCCAACGGCCUGCUCACAGAGCAAGGCUUCAUCAAAAUCUACAAACAAUUCUUUCCACAAGGCGAUCCCAGUAAAUUUGCAUCGCUCGUCUUUCGCGUCUUCGAUGAGAACAAUGAUGGUUCCAUUGAGUUUGAGGAGUUCAUACGCGCCUUAUCCGUUACAUCGAAGGGCAACCUGGACGAAAAACUGCAGUGGGCCUUCCGUCUAUAUGAUGUGGACAACGACGGCUACAUAACGCGCGAGGAGAUGUACAACAUAGUGGACGCAAUCUAUCAGAUGGUGGGACAGCAACCGCAAUCGGAGGACGAGAAUACGCCGCAGAAACGAGUGGACAAGAUCUUCGAUCAGAUGGAUAAAAACCAUGAUGGCAAAUUAACAUUAGAAGAAUUUCGUGAGGGUAGUAAAGCUGAUCCACGUAUAGUUCAGGCGUUAAGUUUAGGUGGUGGUUAAAUCGAUUAACAAUGGCCGAUUACCGAUAACAGACCCAGAAUUCCAAUUCCACAAAAACCAAGCGCGCAAUAAACCGAAACCAAAAAACAAAAAAAUAUUUAAAUUGAAAUUUGAUCAAAACCCGCUAAAGAAAAAACCAAAAGCAAAAAAAAAAACAAAAGUAGUGGGGAGUGGGGAGAGGUUGGUACGGUGCCACGCCCACUCCACUUCGUUUGCAUUCGCUUCUUCACUCUUCACUUUCUCUCUUCUCUACGCUUUUCUCAAUUCUCAAUUCCCGAUUCUCGAUUCUCCGCGCGUCGCUUGCGACACUGAAGAUGAUAAUAAUUUUUUGAUAUAUGCAUAAAGUAUAAACUAAUGGAGAUGGAAAACCAAAUAAAACGAACCGAAAACAAAAAUGAAAUUAAUUUUUAAAUAUACACCAGAAUAUAAAUAUAUAGGAAAUCGUGGCGUAGUCAGAGCGCAGUUCAUAGCAAUAAUGGAAAAACCAAAAGGCGAAAAGAAAAAAAAAACAAAAAUUACGAAUAAACUAAUAUUAAUUUUAAAUGAAAUCGAAAGGCGUGAGGCGUGAGUCGCAAAUCAAUUUUUGAAGCAUACACCAAUUACGAGUAAACUAAUUAAACCUACGAAUAAAUCAGCAUAAUUAUACAUACUAUACAAAUAAACGAUACAAUUAGAGCCGAACUAAGCCUACGAAUCAAUUGCGCAAUUGCAGCCUUUGAAGCAAAAAAAAAAGCUAACGUUAAAGCGAGUUAUCUAAACUCGAUCCAAGUCAGCUAAUUUCACUCACGACAGCCAAGAGCAGCCACUAUAUCCACACCUAAUAUAAAUACAUAUAGAUACAUGUAUGAAUCCGAGAAGUGGCCGCAGACAGGACGAACAGAGUUCAGCGUUCUGAGUUCAGAGUUUAGAGUUUUGAGGGUGUCGAACAGGGGAGGGGAGCUGGCCAGCAGGUUGAUUUUGGUCUAAUUUAAAUGAAAGGAUCUUUUAUCACCUAGUUUUCCCUGUAAGUUCAUUUUUUCGCCUUUGAGCACAUGGAAAGUUGGGAAGACUAAAAUGGCAAUAUGAACCAUUGUAAUACGUUUCUGAUAGAUAUAUUAUCACAUUAUAAUUUGGGCAGUACUCUUGUAAGUAUAAAUAUAGAUUUCAACAUUCUGGUGUAAAUCACAUGUAAUUCAAAAAUUAAACUGGUUUUCUAUAUUUUAUUGAUAUUUCGAUAUCCAAGAGUGAAAGUUUUCUAGUCGAUACAGUACGUUUCAUAGCCCAAGACAGUGCGUUUCUGGACCUGCAGACUAGUUAUUGCUUGGAGAAAGAGCUAAUUUUUGGGGUUAAUGUUGUAAACCAUUUGCAAUCGCAACCAGCUGCCUUACAGUCAUGAAAUGCAACUUCAUGACUGCUAAACCAGCUCCCUUCGAUAAGAGAUUUUGAGUUGCAGAUGAAUUUUGGCCAAAAUCCAAAUAGCAGCGAUUACAAAAAGUGUUGCAUAGCCAACAGGCGUGGAAAAAGUGUUUGCUUUCGUUUGCCCUCUCUCUUUCUACCUUUAGCUCUAUCUCUUUCCCUCUCUUUAUCUCUCUCUCUUUCUGUAUCAGUAUCAGUAUCAGUAUCAGUAUUUCCUGCUUUGCCUUGUUUUUCGUUAAGCGUUAUAUGUACGUUAUACGUUCCCAACAACAAUAACCAAAACCAAAAACCAAAAACCAUUUACAAUAACAACAAGAACAACACGAACAUAUUGACAAUAGGCGGAGCAAAAUGGGCAGGAUGAACAGGAGGCGAUCUGAAGGUCUUAAGAAACAGUGCUCGCCCAGCCCAGAAAUAGCUGCGAAAGCGAAAUUAAGCCAUUAAUAAAUGAUAAACUUAUCAAAGAACGCACAGCUACAACCAGAGCCACAUCAACAGCCAGAACAUGAACAUAUAUAUAUGUACUAUUAUAUACACAACUGUAUAUCCUCGAGAAAAAAAGCAGCAGCAGCAGCAGAAGAAGCAGCAGCAGCGGCAAGGAAGUUGGAGCAGUUAGGAUAUAUAUAACAAUGAAACAAAUCCAUCAUACGAUUUAAUUUCUAUUCUAUAUGCGGUUCAGCUUUAUUAUUGCAUUGAUUUUUCAAUAAACCAGUCAACCGUUUUACUAUUCCGAUGACUAUCUAUAAAUACGAAUACCCACGCUUUCUCACGCCCCCCAAAACCCCCCCACCACCACCAUCUUUAGUAUCCUUUGUAAAAUCUAGAUGUGGGAGAUCUUGGCCUCCCCUUGAAGAAAAAACAUGAACAUAAACAUAAACAUAAACAUAAACACUCACCCAAAACACCCAUACUGUAUAUCUAUAUAGUGCCUAUGUAGUAGUAAUUCUUAUUAUUUCGCCUGCUUUGCCUUCUUUGAGAACAUUCCGAAUUGACCGAUUUACGUUUAUCGUUUCCCAAUGCUUUCCAUGUCUUUAAGCACCGAUCUAAAAGAAUAAACACAAUAAAAUUUUAAGCAUAAUGCCAUGCAACCUUAAACACUUCCCCAAAAAAAAAAAAAAAAAAACACACUCUCACACACACAGACACAAGCACAUGUAUGUGUAUAUAUAAAUAUAUGCCUAAACUUAUAUAUACUCUAUAUAGUAAGCACUGCAAUCGAAAGCAAGUUAAGGAACUAUAAAGAAACCGAAAACCAAAAAAAUCGAAUACAAAAACGCUUCUAUAAACCUCACUGAAAUUCUUCGAAGAAAAAAAACUGAAAGAUAUAACACACACACACGUACGCAUACUGACACGCUCACUCUCACACCCACACAUAUACACAUGUACGAGUAUAUUAACAAUAAACGUAAUGCGAAAACUUAAUCAAUAAUUAAAUAAUUCGAAAGUGAUAUAGCUGACAAAACAAAUGUGUCUGUAGUCUAGUAGUUAAAAGAAAUUGACAAAAACGAAACGAAAUGGAAAACAAAAAUUUAUAAAUAAUAUUAACUAAACUAUUAUAUGACAGAGGGAAAUUGGAGGCGACGGGGAAAGCGCAACGCAAUUUUCACGUUGACUUUUUUUUUUUUUUGUAAGGAGACGCGACACAGCUGAGGCGGAAAUAAGCAAAUCAAACUGUAAAUAACACUAAGUGAAUCACGCACACCACAACACCACACACAAUAACCUCACACACCCACACACACGCAUACCCACUCACACACUAAAAAAAAAAAAAAAAAAAAUGAGGAGUACCGAAUAAGUUUGUUAACACCAAAAAUAUAACGGGUCUUAAGUAACAAAAAAACGUAAAACAAAAAUGAAAAUAAUAAUACGAAAAACGCAAAAAAAGAAAGCAAAAACAGUAAGUUAGAGCAAGGAAUUUUUUUUGUGGAUUGAAUUGGAUGGGUUUGAAACGAAUCAAGUCAAUUGUAAUAGCCGACAAAACGAAAAUACGAGAAUACGAAAAUUAUUGAAUAUUUAUAUUAAUUUACAAUGGGCCGGUGAGUAAAGCUUUUCCCGGAAAAAAAGCAGAAGAAGACGAAGAUGAGUUUCUUUCCACCGCCGUUGACAAACCACACGAAUGUCAAGUUAAACGUUUCACAAGCAAUAUUUUACAUACUUAUACAUGCAUUAUAUACAUAUAUAUAUAUACAUAAAUAUAUAUGGGUAAAUAUAUAUAAAUAAAUAUACGAUAAUAAAUAUAUACAUAACUUAUAUACACACUCCGCAAUAAAGUGUCGACGGCAAAAUAGAAAUAAUUAUAAUAAUAAUAACAAUAAUAACAAUAACAAUUACAAUAAUAAAAUAUUGCAUGACAGAAAAACUCAGAUAUCCUAGCGAAAUGUCUGAUAAUGCGAAAAUAAACGUAAAUGACAGACGAUAGCAAAUGGAAAUUAAUAAAACAUUUUUAGUGAUAUUCUUUAGCAAACUUGAAUCUGAUUUCCUUGCUAAGAACAAAACGAAAUGUAAAAAGUCAAGAUGAAUUUGAAAAACCAAAAACACGAAAAUACGAAAAUAACGAAAAACAACAAUUAAAGCAAAGUGCGUAUAUUUUACAAAAAACCAAAAGCUAAAAAUGAAACAAACAUAUUUUUUUUUUCUCCCAUUUACCUUGACUCGACUUUUGUUAUCUCCUUUGUACUACUCUAUUUACCGUUAUUUAUCAUCAUUAUUAUUCCGAUUAUUCCGAUUGUUAUUAUUAUGAUUAUAUGGCAAAACGUCGACGAUUUCGAUUAUUGUGUAAACACAUGCAAAACUUAUAAGAAAAACAAAAAAAAAAAGCGAAAACUUUAUAGAACAUACAAAUGAAAAUCAAAUUCUUUUACCAAGGAAAAAUACUUAAUUAUUUUUUUUAAGUAAAUCGCCUAAGGGGGAAUGGAAAAUUUAUCUUGUUACUGUCAGAAAAUAUUACUUACUUCAAAUAAAAAUUUUAAAGCGAGCAUAAGCGUA